ACCAAACAUGAAUUUCUCACUCUGUCUUCUAUCAAAUGACGUAAUUGUUUAUUUGAAUUCAAUAUGCAAGUGAGGUAGGCGUUCGCUGCAGCUAUAUUUACCUUCGGCCUCAGGACUUUGCUGUUACAUUUUUCAUUUUAUUUUCACACGUGUACACCCGCUGGCACUCGGGGCCGCUACGGAAUGAGAGGCCUCCCCAACUACAAUCUGUCCUGCUGUGUGAACACGUUACUCCAGACCUUCUCUGCUACCUGGGAAGUCGGAGAACUUCUCGCCAAGUGGGAGGCAGGCGGCGUGGGGGCGGACGGUCGUGGUCGUAACGUCCCCCUGCAGCUGAAGAGAGUUCUGGCCUCCAUGAGGAGCGACCGCCCUCAGCCGACGCCUCACCGCGACUUCCUCCACUCUCUGGAUGGGAACCGCAUUCGACUUUCUGUGCAGCACGAUGCCGACGAGGUGUUCCUCCACAUCUUGAACUUCAUGCAGCAGCAGAUGGACGACAAACCUCUGGCUCUUGAAAUCCAGGAUCUGUACAAGAUUUCCUUGGAGACGUAUCUGCAGUGUUUGGAGUGCAACUCCUUCCAGACUCUGACCAGCUACAUGCUCAGCCUGUCUCUGCACGUGAAGGAAGAUCACGACUCCCUGGAGAACUGCAUGACCUCCUUCUUCCGGCAUCAGGAGCUGAGGGGGAUCGAUUGCUGCUUUUGUGCAACAUGUGGAAGGAAAACUCCGUCUCAACAGGCUUUCAAACUGCUCUCCCUGCCUCGUAUCCUGUGCGUGCACCUGAAAAGGUUUCGGAAUCGCGGCGGUUUCACCCAAAAACUCGAUUGCGCGGUGACCUUUCCAGAAACCUUUGACUUCUCUGAGACCGUCAAAGAAGCGUUCUCGUCAGAGUUUAAACAGAUCGACUGCAAGUACACGUUGCAUGCAGUGGUCGUGCACUCUGGAUAUGCAAUGUAUGGUCACUAUACUGCCUACGUUCGUCAGCGUGGGAGCCAGCGUUGGUACUAUGCUAAUGAUAGCUACAUCAAAGAGGCCUCCUGGGAAGACGUGCAGAGCACAUAUGGAGGACGUUGCAGACACACAGCAUAUAUGUUAAUGUUCAGAAGAGGUACGCAAGAGGACGGACAGCAACAGGAACCUUCUGGCUGAGUGGAUGGAUGAAUUAUACCCGAGGUUGUGGCGCAAUAUUGGAGUAUUAACAUGUAUUUGCUUGACGUAAUCUAUUGUAUUUUUUUUUAUUGGAUAUAUGAUUUCUUCGGAGCUCAUUUAGAUUGUUCUUUAACACAGUCAUUUUUGACAACCGCCAGCAGGUGGCGACGAAGACUCAACACACUGAUGGGUUUUCCAACCUCAGACCACACACACUGUGAACACACUCAGUGUGGGGGGCUGAAAAGAAUGCUUAGCUUAGGUAUUCACUGUUUGGGGGGAAAUACCUGCUAUUGGAGUCAAUGUUCAUUUUCCUGACACUGGUGUGUAAUAUAUCUGACACCCAUGAAGAUCAAUUAAGUUUUUUCUCAUUUGGGCUGCCAACAUUUUUUUUAAAACUCUUCUUUCAUGUGUUGUUUUUUCUCACGACCUGCAGACUUUUUAAUAGGAGGUACAGAAACUGAUUUGUAAUGAAACACCUGAAUGUUUAUCACUCCUAUUGAUAACACCAGCACAUCUUCAACCACCUGAGCUCACAAUGAACGCGCACUCUCACACACACACACACUAAAAAAAGCCCGCUCUGUCUGCAAAAAAAAGGUUAAAUGUCGCCAUCGAAGCCACAGUGCUCGAAUGCUCGGAACAGGCUGUCAGCGGAGCCUCUUUAAGUUCCCACUCGCUGGGCCAACAGUCGGGGGGGGACCAUGUGAAACGGUGCCGAUGAGCCGCAGAGCUCUGACAGAAUGGAACAUGUCUGCACGGUGCCACGGGCAGCGGGCCUCACGCUCAGUCAUCUCGUCGCCUCGCGACACAGGCCGAGCUCUCUGACCGGGCCGAGCUCUCUGACCGGGGGGUAUCGUCCUCCUCUGAUUGAGAAGUGAGUGCUCAGAUUUUUUUUUUUACUCUGCGCUUUAGCAUCCCUCAGCUUAAUGUUUUGGUUUUCUGGGGCACAACCUAAAUAUUUUAUUUAACUCUUGUUACCGCAGAACCUGCAAAUAUCCGCAAUUUUGCAAAAAUGCAGACUGAAAAAAAAGUAUUUCCAGUAAUAUGAUGCACAAAUGAUGAUGGCACUGAGAAAGAGGCCAUUGUGCACGUUGAGUGCUUUUACUUUCGAUUCUUCCAUUUUGCUGACAGCUGAUGUACUUUCACUUAUAACUCGGAACUUUUACUGAUAACAAACUAAUUUUACAUUAUGGUAUUUGUGCUUUUACUAAAGUAAAGGCUCUAAAUGCUUUAAAUUAUCAUCAUUACUAUGUUAGCUUUAGCUAGUCGAGUCAUCUGACAGUUGGGUAGUUUUAUCUGUGUGCGGCAUCACAUUUUAUUUGUUAUCAAGCGGAUUAGUUACCUUUCAACACAGUGCAGGAGACAUGUCAAAUCAAAGGCACACUUACUAUUUAUGCAUCUCCAUUAUCCAGAUUGUGAACAAGUAGGCCAACUGAAACGUUAAAGAGAAACAUCAAAGAGCGCACCGUUCUAUCGGCUUUUGAUUUAUAAUUAAUGUUAUAUGUGUCAAGUAGACGUUAGACGAGCACCUGCCCGGCACCGCCCUGACUGACGAACAUCACAACACACGCGGGAACAAUGCAACGGCGGGACACAGGCAGCCGCGCACCCCAAGGCCACGCGAAUAAAGUCUGACUGCACGUCUGGACGGCUUCGUUUCUUCCCUCUGUGUUUUCUAUUGUUCGCAGGUGAGCUCUGGCCCCUGGAUGCACUUACUCAGACACUUUAUGGCCGAUCAUAAUCUCUGCCAUUUGGUUUUUUAGCUCUUCAUCUUAAUCAGGUGUUAGCCGGUCGGCCAAGGACGCCUCAUGCUCCAUUGUUUUGACACAUCGUUCUUUGUGCCAGCAGCGAUAGCGAUUGGCACAAUAAAAAAGUAAAACAGAUAUAUGGUGUGAACGUCGUCCCGGUGGGCACGCACAUGCUUUGAUGAUAUUCCUCGGGCUUUGCAGUGUGGCAACACUUAAAACUGUUUUCUUUGGGGAAUAUAUCAAGAUUCAUUAAUGCUUCUUUCGUCAUUGUUGAUGUGUGUUUACCAGUUACUAGGUGAGCACACCGCUGAUGCACCGAGAAUAAAUGGAAUUUGGCUAUUUGAGAACUCCGAAAUGUUCCCCUUGUGUGGAGGAUUUCUCUGGCGUAGAUAAGUGCUUUUGCUUGAAUUCUUUUGCAAGUGACAGCCAGCCAGCACAGUAUUCCAGCCCUAUACUCUUGAUAUUAAUCAUCAAUAUGUAAUUUAUCAAAGAAUAGCCCUCUUGUACAAAUUGCUAAUUAAAAAGUUGCAAAGAGGGCGAAUAUUAAUACAAGCAUGUUAGCAUUAUUCACAUUAAAAUAUGUGCUCUUUCAGCUGGCUUGUCCAUUUCAACCGGAUGGUAUGGUAUAAGAAACUGCACUAGGUGUGUGUCCAUCUACUUUAUCUAUAAUAAAGUCAACAUUCCCACACUA